AUGAAUGACUUGAAGCAUAAGAGCAAACACUUGUCCACAAAUGGCAUCCAUUACUUGUGUGGACUUGUGAUCGGUUUCAGCAUUUGUUCCCAAUUAACCACUUUUAGGUAUCAGUGGAGGGAAACACCCUUUUGCUCGCAACAGUCCACCCAUUCCUUGCAUAGCGACAGACAUUGGGAUCUCAAGAGCGAAGCGUUGGAUCAGUUGAUCCAAUCGGUUGUUGACCGCAAUUCUGAGCACAACUUGAUUUUGAUUGGAGUGAUGACGGCUCAGAAAUAUCUCGACUCCAGAGCCCUAUCUAUUUACAAGACAUGGGCUCAAAGUCUCAACGGAAACAUCAUCUUCUUCUCGAGCUCUUCUUCCAAGUCUUCGUAUGGCAUACCUCUGGUCCCACUGCCGACUGUCGAUGACUCGUAUCCGCCCCAAAAGAAGUCGUUUCUCAUGUUUAAGUUCAUGAGUGACCACUUCCUCGACAAAUUCGAGUACUUCAUGAGAGCCGACGACGACGUCUACAUCAACACCGAUCGGUUGGAGCGGUUCCUGCGUUCGGUGAACAGCAGUAGACCUCAAUUCAUCGGUCAGGCGGGCGUUGGGAACAAAGAGGAAUUCGGACGACUGAGCCUCGACUCGGACGAGAACUUCUGUAUGGGAGGGCCCGGAGUGGUGGUCAGUAGAGCCACACUCGAGCUGUUGUCCAAAAACAUUCACUACUGUCUCAAACACCUGUACUCCACCCACGAAGACGUGGAGAUCGGACGGUGUGUGCGCCGGUCGGCCGGUAUUCCCUGCACUUGGAGUUAUGAAAUGCAGAAAAUAUUUCAUCACAACUCGUCACACGAAGAGUCCAUCAAAGCCGAGACCAUUAGUUCCAAACAGUUGUCGAAAGCCAUUACAGUUCAUCCCAUCAAAAGGCCGGACACUAUGAAAGCUCUUCACCUGUACUUCCAGAACAAAGAGCACCAGAAGUUGAGGCAUAAAUUGAAUCAAUUGUAUCGAAUGGUGUUUAAGACAUCACAUCUACUUAACAUAUCUGUCGAUGAAUUUCUCAAUAAUUUGAAUCAAAAGUAUUCAAAAUCAUCACUUUUAGGACAAUCCAUUGAUUUUAACUCACUCUCCAAGAGAGACUCAUAUAUUCCUUGGGAUUUCAUAUCACAUAAUCUCUAUUCGGCGACCAAUAUAAACCCCAAAAGACACGUCGAAAGUCAUAUCUCGAGAUCCAUUGAUAACAAUAUUCAAGACAUUAUGUCAUUAAUAAACAGACGCUCCAAACAAAAGGGUCGAACCAUGGAAUACAAGAAUCUCUUUUAUGGAUACAUGAGAGUCGACCCAAUGGUAGGUAUAGAAUAUAUUCUCGAUUUACUGAUGGUUUACAGGCGCUAUAGGGGUCGCAAAAUGACAAUACCUGUGCGCCGACACGCAUAUGCCGUCCAAACAUUUUCUCAGAUACAGAUCAGAGAGACUGAAAGCUAUGAGUCUUCACAAGUAGUCAAUAUAAUAGUUCCUCUCUCCGGAAGAAUAGAAGCCUUUCAGAGAUUUGUCGAGAACUUCAAAGAAGUGCAAACCAAAGACAAAUACAUAAGUUUAGCGGUCGUCCUGUUCCCCGAUUCAGCCCAAAGUCUAAACCAAACCAAUGCUAUCCUAAAUGAGGUCCAGAAGUCAGGCAUUGAUGUAAGAGUGGGCCAAUUGGGCGGCUUCUUCUCACGCGCCGCUGCCCUUCAGAGAGGGUCAGCCAUGUUCUCGAAGGACUCUUUGCUCCUGUUUCUGGACGUCGACAUGCAUUUCACUGAUGAAGUCAUUGCUCGCGUCCGUCUUAACACUAUUCAAACCAAACAAAUCUAUUUCCCAAUUAUUUUUAUCCAUAUUUAUCACGACAUUCAUUGCGAUCAUUCAUUGACAUCAAUACAGUAUGAGAUGUGUUUGGGAACAAAGUUAACCAGUUUAGGGUCUGUCCCACAGUUAGCCAAAUACAUCAAUCAGAAUAAAUUCCUUAAAUUAUGA